AUGCGGGCGACACCGUCGCUGAUGAGCAAAGGCAUCUUUGCCCGGACUUUGGAUGAACUAAAGCGACGCGCAAGCAUUGUCGCAAAAGCCGAAGGCAUCAAGGGCCCCUCGGGUCCAUACCUACUCCAAGACUUCCGCGAGCCCGGUUCGACCGACGACUGCAAACUCAUGUCCGACCAAGAGAUUGGCGGCUUCUCCCACAGCGCCCUUGAAUGGGUCCCCUCUUCAUCCUCCACAAGAACGGCCCGCUCGUCGCAAAGCAGCCCAACAAGUAGCACGAGGGGUUACGCCCGCUUUCACGGCACGAUAUCCACCGAACUCCCCAAAAACGACCCCAAGAUUCAACGUACAGGAUUCGCAGCAUGGCGGACGCCGGACCAGCGGGGGACACUUUUGGGCAAGUCGGUCUGGGACAUCGACCCAUACUCGUAUCUCGCGUUGCGCGUCAAAUCGGACGGGCGGAGUUACUUCAUCAAUCUGCAAACGGACUCGGUGGUGCCAACGGACUUGCACCAACACCGACUGUUCGCGAAGAGGCCGGGCGAAUGGGAAACAGUGUUUGUCAAGUGGAACGACUUCGUGCGGACGAACCACGGCUUCGUGGUCGAGCCGCAGACGGAGAUGCUGCGUUCCAAAGUUAGAAGCGUCGGUUUGGGAUUGACGGAUCGUGUGCCCGGUCCGUUUGAGCUGUGCAUUGAGAGGAUAUGGGCAACAAAUGAUGUCGAGGAAGCAGUGGAGGAGAGUGACGGGGAUAUGUUUGCUGCGCAGGAGGCAAGGGAGACAAGAGAGAGCGAAUUGAGGAAUCGGGAGGGAAAGAGUAUUCGGUGGAAGGAGAGGUAA